CCAAACGGUGGUUCUCAACAUGUCGUAGAGCGUGUCUGAGGCGCGUCUUUCGCUUCCUCCUCUCCUCAGGCCAGCAGCUCCAGUAGGCUCGAGGCCAAUGCGGACAUGGCUGUUAAGACUUCUUUUUUUUAACAUCAAUUUCGUUUUGAACUCUCAUUUAAUUAAUCGGACCGAUCGUGACCGAUCGUCGUUUUUAUCUUUACUGUACGACUUCAGGCUUCAUCGAAAAUGCACUUUGAAUUGUAUUGGAAUUUUCCAAAACAUUUUGCGUCCUAUGUUUUGGAGCCGACUUCUCCUCCAUCUGCUACCCGGACACGCGUAAAAGUUUGAUGUUUUUUUUAAAGAGAAAGAAGGGAAGAAGAAUGGCAUCCAAUGAUCGGCUAUUAGAGCUAUGGAUGUUGUACCACACGAAGGUGAGUAACAGUGCGGAAGAGCUGACGGUGACACCUGUUGUGGCGCUGGGGUUGUUAUCCUGAAGUUGGAGAGAUACGAUGUAUGGUUUGUUUGUACACCAAACCAUCAUCGUUGUGUCAGUGUAGCCUACUUAAGUCAUGAACUCCCCAAGUAAAUCAUAAUUCUCUAUCGAUGAAGGCCUACCUGCACAUGCAGGAAUUAUGCUACAUCAAGAGCAGGCUCUGUAUGUUAAAGGUUUGGAAGUAUCCCGGCGCUGCUCCUGUGGUCUGUCUGUCUGUCUGUCUGUCUGUCUGUCUGUCUGUCUGUCUGCAGGCCGACCAGCAGAUAGACAGACAGACAGUCCCAUGCUGCUCCUGUGGUCUGUCUGUCUGUCUGUCUGUCUGAAGGCUGACCAGCAGACAGACAGUCCCCAUGCUGCUUCUGCUGACCGACAGACAGACAGACCCCAGGAGCAGCUUGGGGACUCUCUGUCUGUAUGUCUGUCUCUCUGCAGCAGGCUCUCGUUACCUGCAGGGCAGGUGUUGUUACUAUAGCUGCCAUUACUUCCUGGAUGUGAGAUUCCGCAUUUUAAACAUAUUGCCUGCUCCCACCAGUCGAUAUUUAUUGCUACUAUUGUCAUAUAUAGUAAUGUGUAAAGACCAUUGACGUAAGUCUUUUGGGGAGUUAUUCGUGUAUAUAUUUUUAAACUCUGUAGCCUAUUUAUUUGUAUUCGACAUGUGUCAACCGAUCUGUGUGGGACCGAGACAUUCGGGGUCUCAUCAUUAUCAUGAUGAUAGUAGCCUACCCCGGGUUUUCUCAUUGGGCUUGUGUCGACGAUACAAAUUCCUCUUUAUAACGACAAAACGUAAACUGAAGAUACGUAGCCUAAUUGUUCUGUCUCUUUGGAAGACGAAAGCUGAUCAUAAGUGAUUAGCUGUGGGUGUCAGAGUUGUUAACUCCUUGGUCCAAAUCUAAUGAUGAGAGAAGGGAUGGGCCGAUUUCCGAGUCACAGAAUGAUAAAUAACUAAGCAUAUUUUUCGAGGUCGCAAUAUGCUUCCAACCCCUCGGGUCAAAGGAAAUUGCUUGGUGUGCUCUGCCUAUGAAGUUAUUUGUUCAGUUGCAUCGGGUUAUGGGUUUUUGCAAUUUUGAUUUUCUUUACCUCAGCGGAACACACACAUCUAAAAAGGUCUUCAUAAACCUGUUCUCCCGAACCUCUCACUUUAAAACAAAAGGCCCUUCUGACUGUUUUGUAGGGUGUGGAAUAAUUGCAAAACCUUCAAAGAAGUUGUCAAGCAGUCUGCAUUGUUCCAUUGUGGGUGUGUGUACAUGUGGUGCAUCAGAUGGGCGAGGUGGACCUCCUCGCCCAUUGGGCUUUAUGAAGUUGUCUAUACAACCAUUUGUUUUUCUCUUCAUCCAUCAACUCCAACAUGGGCUUGCCCUAAAUAUUGUGACAUGGGCAAGAUAUUUCUCACUAUACAGGGUAUACUGGCUUUAAUAUUUUGUUUUGAAGCUGCAUUUAUUUUUGUAGUUACCUUUUUUCAAACAUAAAUAAAAUUAACAGAGUGAAUCAUUCUGAAGUAAUUAUGCCAUUUUGGCAAGAAGAAAUAUAUUAUUUUUUACCUAAUGUGAUCUAAUUUCACAUUUAGAGUACCACAUUAUAAGUCUUGAUGUGGACUCAUCUUCUACUACAGAGUGCUGUACAGUCAUCACAUGCCUUCAGGUUAGUCAUGCAAACAUUGACUAUUCCUUGGCUGCAAAUCAAUGAACCCAAAUAAUCCCGAAUGGGUUAAUAAUAGCCACACGUUGUUACGUUUUGCUCUCAAUAAUCCCUUCGUAUUGGCAACGGUCUGGAACAGGCAUCUUGUUUUGAGUCAUAAACAAACACAUCUGAGACUAAAUGCGUGAUCUGCAAGACCUCUGAUACUGCUAAUAUGUCAUUUUGUGUCUCAUAUGAUCUCUCACUUUGAAUGCAAACCAUCACACUGUGCAGUAUUGAUUAAUUUGUAUUAUCAUGUAUUAAAAAAAAAAUUCUGUCACAUAUCUUCCAAUACUGAUGGGGCUGCAAGUUACUACAUGCUUACAUACACAGCAUGGGGUAUCCUACAUGAGAUAGUACAGUAUCCUACAUCCGAUGGUACAUAAGGUAGCCUACAUCAGAUGGUACAUAGGGUAGCCUACAUCAGAUAGUACAUAGGGUAGAUAAGCGACAUCAGAUAGUACAGUAUCCUACAUCCGAUGGUACAUAAGGUAGCCUACAUCAGAUAUUACAGAGGGUGGCCUACAUCAGAAAGUACAUAGGAUGGCCUACAUCAGAUAGUACAUAGGGUGGCCUACAUCAGAUAUUACAUAGGGUAGAUAGCCUACAUCGGAUGUUACAUAGGGUAGAUGGCCUACACUAGAUAGUACAUAGGCUAGAUUGCCUAUAUCAGAUAGUAAAUAGGGCAGAUAACCGACAUCAGAUAGUACAUAGGGUAGAUAGCCUACAUCAGAUAGUACAGUAUCCUACAUCCGAUGGUACAUAAGGUAGCCUACAUCAGAUGGUACAUAGGGUAGCCUACAUCAGAUAGUACAUAGGGUAGAUAGCCUACAUCAGAUAGUACAGUAUCCUACAUCCGAUGGUACAUAAGGUAGCCUACAUCAGAUGGUACAUAGGGUAGCCUACAUCAGAUAGUACAUAGGGUAGAUAGCCGACAUCAGAUAGUACAGUAUCCUACAUCCGAUGGUACAUAAGGUAGCCUACAUCAGAUAUUACAGAGGGUGGCCUACACCAGAUAGUACAUGGAGUAUCCUACAUCAGAGAGUAAAUGACAACAUGGAUACGGAAUUGGACCUCAUUUCAUUGAUUUCUAUGUGUUCCAGUUGGUGCUGCAUCUUGCAAUCGUUCAGAUUUUUUGCAACCAAAAAAAAGCCAAACUUGCACAGGCUUGACACUGAUAAAGGAGCUCUGUCUCCCCUGAGUGUGCAAUAAAUCACACACCCUUUACAUGAUUUUGGAUGAGUCUAUUUUCUCAUAAACACAAUGAAGACUAAGAAGGAGAACAUAUUUUACACUACAUCAUAAUAUAGAAAGAAUCACUUAAUAUGGAAAUCCAUGCAACAAUCUUGUACACACUGAGCUGAGUUGUGCUAUUUUGCAGCCAAGUGUGAAACUAAUGCUGAAAAUAGUAGACACAGUACGGCCAACACCAGCCUCAAGCAGAUUAUUUUAAGGCAAGGCUUUUGGAAGAGACAGCUAUAGCUAUACAACAUAGGUUUCAUGGGAUAUUCAGUUCAAAUGAAAUUGAUCCAAAUACUUGUACUUAUUAUUUGCCAAAGCAUUUAAGUAUUAUCUUGACCAAGUUUUCCUCAAGUAGACAGUAUUAAAAAAUAUUUUGAACCAUAUAGAAAGGAUAGACAUGGUAGCUGUGGCUCAUAUUUCUGUGGCUCAUAUUUCAUAUUUCUGUAAGGCACAAACAUGUUUGUGCCUUACAUUCAGGUACAGACAUUUCCAGUAGCACCUACAUCACCUCAUCAGGGAGAAUUCACUCACUGGUCCUAUCCUGUCAAGGUUUCCACAAGUUGAAUGGACCUACAUGAAAAGAGAACUUGUUUUACUACCCUUGCCUCAAGGUUUCAUAAAGCAGCCAGUGAUACAAGUAAAUGUUUUCUGUAGAAUGACAGUGCUAUUGUGAAAACAUGUCCGUCUGUAUUUCUACUGGCAGACCUGUUCUGUUAAUAGUAAUUCCAGUAUCAUCAGUACUGUAUCCACGAAGGCAAAGGGGCCCGGAAUAACAUGAAUUUCCACCGCCCCAAGCCCCUCCCUGUAACCCAAACUCAAACUACUGUCUCUGUUGCGUGAAGCAUGAGUGAAGUAAAAUAAAUAAAUAUACAAAAGAAUAAAACGAAUAAACCCCCUUUCCUGUUAAUGAAGGGUCAGGAGUGUCAUCCUGCCACAGUGGGGCUGCUAUUAUUGUGUAGUAAGAUGCUGAAAAUUGCUGUAAUUUAGGCUUAUAGUACAGAGAUGGACACGGGGACAAUUGCGCUGCAACGUGAUCAACGCAGAUGUAAAACCUCCUUCCACAGCAGUGCCAUUGCUUUGAAAUCCUUUCAUGCUACCAUCAUGACACAUGCUUCUAAACUGAACUUAUGCAAUAUUAUUCCUGGUUCUUCUGCUGCAGAAAUUCAAAAAUAAUGAUUAUUUGAAAUAAACAAACAGUGAACAGAGCAAUUCUACAUAGCCCUAAUCUCCCCUGUCUACCAACAGAGCGGCCGACCAGGAAGCUGAAAGUGCUCUUUGUGUUCACUGGUACAGGAAGCUGGAGUGAAGCAGAAUGCCAAGCAGUAGAGAACAGCACAGCUGCACGGCUCAUCACGGCAUGGCUGGAGAGAGUAGGGAUUACCAAACUAGACAAACCUAUUGAUUAAAAGAAACAACGCAACAGAUGUACAUUUGUGUGCACUAUUUUGUUUUUGUUUUUUAUACAAUCGAAUUAUGAUUUUUUGUAUUAUCCUAGUGAAAAGCUGAUUUAAAACGUUCAGUCUGCAGUAUUUAUAAUAGGCAAGGAUAUGUUGGGGAAUGAGAAGGGUCAGGUCUGACCUUGUUAUAGCUCAUAGUAUACCGUAUCAUAGUACACAGUAUCGAAGUAUACCGUAUCGUAGUACACAGUAUCGAAGUGUACCGUAUCAUAGUAUACCGUAUCGUCGUAUACCUCAUAGUAUUAUUGUAUCGUAGUAUACUUAUCAUAUACGUAUACCGUAUACCGUAUAUGCAUCGUAGUAUACCGUAUCAUACCGUAUCGUGGUAUACGCAUCAUAGUAUACCUCAUAGUGUAUCAUACUAUGCCGUUUCGUAGUACACGUAUCAUAGUAUACCAUAUCAUAGUAUGCCGCAAAAGUAUCAUAGCAUACGGUAUAGUAGUAUACGGUAUCAUAGUAUACGGUAUCGUAGUAAACCGUAACAAAUUAUACUGUAUCAUAGUAUACCGUAUCGUAGUAUAUCGUAUCAUUGUGUAUUGUAGUAUACCGUAUCAUAGUAUACCUCUUAUUAUACUACAUCAUAGUAUACCUCAUAGUAGACCAUAUCAUAGUAUACUAUAUCGUAGUAUACAGUAUCAUAGUAUACCUCAUAGUAUACGUCUUAUAGUAUACGUAUCAUGGUAUACCUUAUUAGAAAAUACCUUGUAGUAUACCGUAUCGUAGUAUACGUGAUACGUAUCAUAGUAUGCCUCAUAGUAUACCGUAUCAUAGCAUACCUCAUUAUACCGUAUUGUAGUAUAUGUAUAAUAGUAUAUGGUAUCGUAGUAUACAGUAUCAUAGUAUACCUUAUAGUAUAUGCAUCAUGGUAUACGUAUCAUAUUAUUACGUAUCAGAAAAUACCUCAUAGUAUAACUUAUCAUAGUAUACCUCAUAGUAUACCGUAUCAUAGUAUACCUCAUAGUAUACGUCUUAUAGUAUACGUAUCAUAGUAUACCGUAUCAGAAAAUACCUCAUAGUAUACCGUAUCGUAGUAUACGUACAUAGUAUACCUCAGGCUCAUAGUAUGCAUUAUAAUAGUAUACCAUAUCAUAGUUUACCUCGUAGUAUACGUAUCGUAGUAUAUGGUAUUGUAGCAUACCGUAUUAAAGAACACCUCAUAGUAUACGUAUCAUAGUAUACCAUAUCAUAGUAUACCGUAUCAGAAAAUACCUCAUAGUAUACCUUAUCAUAGUAUACCUUAUCAUAGUAUACCUCAUAGCAUACCGUUUCGUAGUAUACGUCAAAGUAUACGUAUCAGAAAAUACAGUAUCAGAAAAUACCUCAUAGUAUACCAUAUCGUAGUAUACCAUAUAGUAGUAUAUGUAGGAUAGUAUGCCUCAUAGUAUACCUUAUCAUAGUAUCCCUCAUUGUAUACGGUAUCGUAGUAUACAGUAUUGUCACGAUCCUACUGUUGGGUAAUGUUAAGCUGAUGGGUAACUGGUUGUCGUGCUAAAUGUGGGAGUGGCUCCCUUGAUUGGCCUUGAUUAUGGUCACCAGAGGGAUCCAAGAUGGCGGACAGAAGCAAGAUGGUGUCUGGAUAGACAGCAUGGUGCCCAGACGUUACAUUCAUAAACCAUAAGAAUAUGCAAAGCCUAUUCACCCUCAUACAAGGACAAUGCCCGAAUUAAGGAUUCCUACGAGGAGGAACGUGACCGCCCCUUUAUCGUCUAUGUUUGUCAAGUGUUUGUGUAUGUUAUGUCAAACAAUAACUGAACGGGAUAGCUACCGUUUACCCCAACGCUUGGGCUAUCCCCCAACAAGAGAGAGAAGGACCAGAGCUCGUCAGGAACCCAGGUGAGUCACUACUCACGUGGCCGGAAGCUAGUUGCCUGCCAGCUGUGGUUUUCUACCAUUUAUGUGUCUCGACUCCUGCCUACACAGAGAGCCGUUUUCAAUAUUCCAGUGGGGUCAUGACAGUAUCAUAUCAUUGUAUACUGUAUCCUACUAUACAGUAUCAUAGUAUACCUUAUCAUAGUAUACCGUAUCAUAGUAUACAGUUUCAUAGUAUACAGUUUCAUAGUAUACCGAAUCGUAGUAAACUGCAUAAUAGUAUACGUAUCAUAGUAGGCUAUACCUCAUACUAUACAGUAUUGUAGUAUAUCGCAUCAUAGUAUAUCGUAUCUUAGUAUAUCGUAUCUUAGUAUAGCGUAUCUUAGUAUAGCGUAUCGUAGUAUAGCGUAUCAGACGUUUCCUGUCACUGAAAAUUUGACAUUUUCCCAUUAUUUGUUUUCUGUUGGCCCUAUAUAUGCGCUGAUUGUCAAAUAAUAAUUAUUAUUUCAAACUCACACAUCGUUCAUGAUGAAGAAACUACGCAAAAGAGAGAUUUUCCAACGUCUUCUAGCUCUGCAUCUUCCCCUAUGGAUUUGCCCACACCAAGGUAACAUUAAGCAACACAAUGUUAAGCAAUUUCCUAUUUUACAUUUCACACUGUUUGUCCUUCUGGAUAUGCAUGUGUAGAAUUUGAGUCAAAGCAUAACCUUAACCCAAUUCUAGUGUUAUUUGGUACAAUACCAAAUGCAAUGUGAAUAACUUUUUAUAUUUAACUAAUGUUAUUUCGGUAGCAAAAAAAAGUAGAUGUGCACUUUUCUUGGCAGUUCAAUAUAAAAUUAUUCCAUUUUGAGUAUAUGUACAUUUUAAAUUAGAAAUUGAUGUCCUCUGUCACAGUUAGUAUCAGACCAAUGAAGAGGAAGGGUGUUUCAGGGGGAUGGGUUAAAGUAUAGGAAAUAAGCUUCAGUUUAAGUGACUUUGUAUUUCCUGGUCUGUAGCUUGUGUCAGAUGCGUUGUUCUGGGUGCAGGAAAUGCAGUAUUGCUGAAGAGAUGUGCUGAGUUUGUAUGUAGCGCUCAUCGUGACCUGGUUGCAAUGACCCUGGCUCUCUGCUCUGGUUUAAACAAUGAAACAUGGACUUAUCUCCAAGUGAACAGCAGCUGAAAGAUGUGGGCUCUCUGCAACAGUGGCUGGAGGCGUUUGUGGCGUCCUUCGAGAGGCUUAUAGAUGUGCAUUCCCUGGAGCCCCGGAGGCUAGAGGAGGACAGCUCCGAGGUCCCCUUGCUGCCCAGAGAGGUCCUGGUGUUCCUCAGCACCCAGCUAUGGCACAGUGCCCUGCACCUCUCUGGGGCUGAGCAGGACAGCAGCAUCCCCCAUCCACUGCUGCUCAUCAAGUUCUUCCUCAUUGUAUGCAGGAAUAUGGAAAACAUUGAUGCUGAAAAGACACCUGGCUUUGUUUUUGAAACUAUCAAGCUUUUGAAUUACUGUUUAAACCAGCUGAAGAAGGGCGUGGGGGAGCAGGAGCCUCUGCAGGCGGUGAUGCAGUAUGGGCUGCUGCUCUGCGAGGGCCUUUUCGAUCCUUAUCAGCUGUGGAGGAGAUGCCUGGCCGGGGAGGAGGUGAGUCUGCUGGAGAGGAACAAGUACAAGUUCCGCCCUCUGGCCCUGCCCGAAGAGCUGCCCACCCUGUUCCACGAAAGCCUACAGGACAGCGAGAAGAUUCCAGAGUUCCUCACAAUCCAAUUGGUUCAUCUCCGAGGGGCUGUCCUAUGUGGGGCAAAGAGGAACGGCCUGCUCUCCAUAACGCCUCACUCCGUGGAGGAUCUGUUCUGCCUGCUGCGGGCGUGGUGCUGCUUACCUGAACCCAAGGACCCCCGGGUCGUAAGGCUGACCCUGCAGUGCCUGACAGUGGUGAUCCACAUUCUCCACUCCAGCAGCCCUGCAGAGCGGCAGGUGGAGAUCAGGAGCAUUCUGGAGGGCUACUUCACGCUGCUCAACUGGAACCGUGCGCCCGGCACCGGCCAGCAGGACGGGUCGAGCUGGGAGGACAGUCUGAUCAUCCUCCAGAGCCACAUGCUGACGGCGGUGCCUGAGAUCCUGCAGUGCUCUGACCGGCCCGCGCUGCAGGCCGUCUUCCUGAACAACAACUGCUUCGAACACAUCCUCAGGCUGGUUCAGAACAGCAAGCUCUAUCAGAGUAGCAGGCCGGAAAGUGAGCGUGUGUCUGACCUCGCCACACAUUUGCUUACAGAGGUGGAAAUGGACCAGGUGUGGGAGAGAGGAUCGGACCGCAUCACGGUCCAUGCCUUAAGUGUCCUCACAGCCAUAAUGAGUAACUCUCCCUCCGCUAAGGAGGUCUUCAAGGAGCGCAUCGGCUACUCUCAGCUGUUUGAUGUGCUGAAGAGCCAAGGUCAGCCCACCAAGAGGCUGCUGCAGGAGCUGAUGGACAUGGCCGUGGAAGGCGAGCAUGCACACGCCCAUCUCCUGGGCAUCAGCAACGACCAGCCCCUGCUGCUGCUGCUGCAGUGGCUGCCAGACCUCCAGGCCCAGCGCGACCUCCAGCUGCUGGUGGCCCAGUGGCUGGCAUCCGUGUGCGGGGGCCCCCUGUCCUGCCGCACCGUGGCCGUGGAGGCCGGUAUGGUGGGCACCCUGCUGAGGGUGCUGUCCCGGCCCCAGCGCCUGGACCGGCAGUGUGCCGACGCCCUGCUGGGGCUGCUGCAGGACCUGGGCUCCCUGUGUCUGCGGCCGGAGGAGCUGAAGAGCCUGCUGCGGCUGCUGAGGCCGGCGCGGGACCAGGAGAACGGCCCGACGGAGACGCACCCGUACUGCGGCCGCGUUAUCAGGGUGCUGGCGGCCAUGGCGGCCCGCGAGGGCUGCAGCAAUGCGCUGCAGUACUUUGAUCUCACGCCCCCUAUGGCGGGCAUCAUGGUGCCCUCCGUCCUCCGCUGGCCGGGCAGUGGCUUUGCCUUUCACGCUUGGCUGCGCCUCAAUAUGGAGUUCCCACCGCAUCACGCCUCUAGUAACCCUCCACCUGGCACUACAGCACAGAACCACAUGGGCAAAGGACCCCGCCGGAAACAGCUCUACAGUUUCUUCACAGCCAGUGGGACGGGGCUGGAGGCCUUCUUCACCAUGGAGGGCAUUCUGGUGGUGGCUGUUUGUACAAAGAAAGACUACAUGGCCGUGCCUUUACCAGAGAACCCCUUAACAGACUGCUGCUGGCAUGCGGUGGCUAUAGUCCACAUCCCCGGGCGCCGUCCUUUCGGCCAGAACUUGGUGAACAUCUACAUCGACGGCGAACUACGCAAGACCGCACCACUUCGCCUCCCCUCUCUAAACGAACCCUUCACCUCCUGCUGCAUCGGCUCCGCUGGGCACCGGACCACAACCACCACCACCUCCACGUCCCCAACCCUGCCGACGCCCUCCUCCCAUCCCCCAAGCGACUUUCCCUUCCCGGCCCACGCCCCGGCCAUCACCCGCUCCCAGUCCUUCCCGGCCACCUUCGCUGGGGGCGGGGGUCAGUGGGGGUCUCCGCGGGACUACCCGGUUUACACCAUUCCUGCGGGGCUGCAAGACACAGAGUGGGGCAGCCCCACUUCUCUGGACGGUCUGCUGGGCACCGCCUUCAUCUGCCAUGAAGCGCUGCUGGCCGGCCCAACUAAAGCCCUCUACACUGCAGGGCCAAACCAUGUGCCUUUAUUCAGAGAGGAUGGAGAAAUGUCUGAGCUGAACAGCAAGCUGCUGCUCUACUACACGCCCCAGGCCUUCAAGAGCCAGAUGUGUCUGGACCUGUCCCCCCACCAUGCCUACGAUGGCCGCCUGACGGGCCACAGGGUGGUGAACUGGGACAUCAAGGAUGUCCUGAAUGUGGUGGGGGGCAUGGGGGUGAUACUGCCCCUGCUGGAGCAGGUGUGUGAGGCGGAGCAGGCGGACUCCGGGGCCCAGGAGACUUCUGACCUGCUGGGGCCGGAGCUCACCUCGUCCAGGGGCCGCGUCGCCAUGCUGCUCCCCCUGAGCAGGUCCUCCGAGACCAGGCUAGAGAAAAACAGCGUCGCCGCCUUCCUUCUGAUGGUGAAGAAUCUGAUUCGUCACCAUCCUGUCAAUCAAGAGAGCCUGCUGCACUGCCAUGGGCCCAGCACCAUCGGAGCCAUGUUGGCCAAGGUCCCUGGGAGUGUGAUGGAUAUGAACGUCCUGCUGGCGUGUCAGCUACUGGUGGAGCAGGCCUUCAGCGAGGGCAACAGCCCCCUGCUGCACCAGUUGUACCAGUACCUGCUCUUUGACUUCAACCUCUGGUCCAGGAGCCACUUCUCUGUCUGUCUGGCCCAUGUGCAGUACCUGUCCUCGGUGAUCAAGAACGGCAAGCAGCGCAUGCAGCGCAAGUACGGCGUGCAGUACAUCCUGGACACCGUCCGGACACACUACAGCGUGGAGAAGGACGGAAGUCCUCUUGAGGAGGAGAAGCAGAGCAUCGGGACCUCCCUGAUGGCCCUGCUGACAGAGCUCCUUGGGCGUGGGGGCCCUGAGGAGCUUCGUCAGCAGGGCCUGCACAGCCUGCUGGCCUACAUCCUCUCCGCCGCGGAGGAGCAUCAGGUGGUGAGUGCGUUGGAUGUGCUGUAUGAGCUGAUCAGGGGCAGCUCGCCGCAGGAGCAGACGCAGGCGGUGCUGCUGGAGUGGGGCGUGGAGCAGCUCUACUGUCUGCUGCUCAACCCUGCCUUCGGGGACGGUGCCCGGGAGAGGGUGUUCAAGGUUCUCCACUGUCUCCUGAAGAGCGAGCGAAUCAACGACCGAUCAAAGCAGCGGCUGAAGCUGAGAGACAUAGGCUAUUGCGGCCUGGUCUGUAACAUAGGAGAGAUUCCCGUUACCCUGACCACCGUGCGCUUUCUAUACAAGCAGGUCAUGUCUACAGAUAUCAGUCCUAACUUCAGGGACCUGCUGUCUGUGGUCUACCUAUCCCAAAGGGCAGAGCUCUCGGUUCGACUGGACAUCAGUCGCAAGCUCUUCCACCUGAUCCACUCCCACGGGGACUACCUCAGGCAGCUGGCCCGGCAGCCCGGCUGGCAGGACGUGCUCACCAAGCUCUACGUCAAGGAGUCCUACGAGUCCCACGCAGCGAGCCUGGGGGGCUCGGGCACCCACGGGUCCCUGGACGCCCCAGGGGCCCACCCCCCGCUGCGCAGGGACAUGGUGGACCAGGCAGACUCCCUGCCCAGCUACCGGGCCUCUAGGGACCAGUGCCUGGUCGAGGACCUCAAGGCAGACUCCCUGCCAAGCUAUCGGGCCUCCAGGGCCCAGGAGGCCGAGGAGUACAUAGAGGACCAUCAGGAGGACAUCUCAGAGAUAUCCUUCUCAGCCCUUUCCCUGGCACUCCUUCAUGAGGGUGACGGGGUUGACAGAGGUGGUGACGCCAAACUGAAGAGCUAUAGCGACCCCCUCGAUCAUAGCUGCGCUUCAUCUUUCUCCAACGCCGUUGACAUCCCUUCCCCUCUGCCCCGCGAGGAUGGUCUCUACCACCCCCUCUCCCCAUUCGGUGCCUCCCCCUUUGAGAUGGAUUUGGGCGGCAUAGGUGACACCGGCCCCGGGACCCUCACCCCCGGAGGCAGCCAAGCAGAAACCCCAUCCCCCCUGGAUCACAACAAGGCCUUCCCCCCCAUGACAACCAGGAAGAGCUCAAGUCUGUCAAACGUUCUUGAUGACACCAGCUAUGGAACCGACCCCCCCACGGCUGACACCAUCUCCAACAUGUCCAACCUCCAGCAGAGCCCUGAGGAGGAGCUGUGCAACCUCCUCACCAACAUCGUUUUCUCUGUGCUGUGGACGGGCAGCGCGGCCGAGGGCAUGGAGGACGUGGUGUGGAGGGAGAGGGGACAGGUCUUCUCGGUCCUCACCAAACUGGGCUCGUCCUGCCAACUGGUCCGUCCCCCGGAUGACAUCAAACGCAGUCUGCUGGAGAUGAUGCUGGAGUCGUCCCUGUCGGACCUGAGGGAGUCCCAGGGGGUCUCUCUGCCCUUCUGCCCCAGCCUUGUGCGCCUGCUCCGCUUGCUGCAGGACUUCCUGUUUGCCGAGGGCACGGACAACCAUGCGCUGUGGAGUGAGAAGAUCUUCGAGGGGGUGGUGAACCUGCUGGACAGGUUGAAGGCCUGGCACAGCAGCGGCCCCGGCAGCACGGAGCUCCGCGAGAUGGCCCGCAUCGGCCUGCGCAUCAUCACGGGCUACAUCCAGCAGCAGCACCCCCAGGUCUUCGUGAUGGCCUGUGUGAAGCUGCACAGCCUGCUGCAGACGGUGCUGUGUCUGAGCUGGGAAGAGGUCUGCUUCCUGCUCGGCCACUUGGGCGCCCCCCUGUGGCCAGCGGGUUCAAAAGACUGCAGCGACGACAACAGGAGCUCAGAGAUUUUCUCUCAGCUGGUGCCCAUCGUGCGGACCCUGCUGGACCAGCACGCCGACCCUGUCAGCCUGCAGAGCCUGCUGCCCAACCUGCCUCCCACCAACGGCAGCCCCAGCUUUGCCCAUGACCUGCAGGCCUUCUGCCACACAGUGGAGUGGCAGAGCUUCUACCAGCACCAGGUCAAGCCAGUCAUGGAGCAGUAUGAGCUGGACACGCUGGGAAGGAGCCAUGACAUCAUGUCAAACUUCUGGAACUCCUGCUUCGACGACCUGAUGAACACGGCCUUCACGCGAGACAAGGACAAAUCAGACAGCAAGCACAAGUUCCAGGAAGCAGUCGUGGAACCCUAUUGGAAGAGAGUGCGCUCUGAGAACAGCAGGUACCUCAACCAACAGAAGCACAGCUCCAGCCAGCAGGGGGUGGUGUGGCGCCACUGGAAGUGUCAGCGCAGGCUCCUGACCAGCGAGAGAGGAGCUUGGGCCUACAAGGUUCAGCCUCAGAUCAACUGGAAGCUGUCGAGCGCGGAGACCUACUCAAAGAUGCGUCUCAAAUUGGUGCCCAACUACAACCAUGACACGCACAGCGAGGCCAGCGCCCUGAGGGACAACAUGGGGGCCGACAGCCCUCACAGCUCUGACCUCCUGACCCUGGCUGUGGCCAAGGAGGUCAAAGUGAGCGACAUGGAGGACGACCAGUUGGGGGACGAGGAUGUCAUCUUCUGGGACAACAAGGGUGAGGAGGAGAGCGAAAAGGAGAAGCUGGUCCUGUCGGAGGACUGUGAGCUCAUCACCAUCACAGCGGUGGUCUCGGGUCGUCUGGAGGUCACCACACACCACCUCUACUUCUACGACGGCAGCAGCGAGAAGGAGGAGACUGAAGAUGGGAUCGGCUUUGACUUCCGGAGGCCCCUAUCCCAGCUGAGGGAGGUCCAUCUGAGGCGCUACAACCUGCGGCGGUCCGCCCUGGAGCUCUUCUUCAUAGACCAGGCCCACUACUUCAUCAACUUCAGGAAGAAGGUGCGGAAUAAGGUCUACUCUAGAAUCCUUGGGCUCAGACCUCCGAAUCUUUUCUACUUUGGUUCUCGAUCGCCCCAGGAGCUACUGAAGGCAUCCGGCCUCACGCAGAAAUGGGUGUACAGGGAGAUUUCCAAUUUUGAGUAUCUGAUGCAGCUGAACACCAUCUCUGGGCGCACAUACAACGACCUGUCCCAGUACCCGGUGUUCCCCUGGGUUCUCUGUGACUACACCUCUGAGGUCCUGGACCUGGAGAACCCGGCAGUGUUCAGGGACCUGUCCAAACCCAUCGGGGUGGUGAACGCUCGCCACGCCCAGAAUGUCAGAGAGAAGUAUGACAGUUUUGAAGACCCCACGGGAACCAUGGAGAAGUUCCACUACGGCACGCAUUACUCCAACCCGGCCGGGGUCAUGCACUACAUGAUCCGCAUGGAGCCCUUCACCACGUUGCACGUCCAGCUGCAGAGCGGCAGGUUUGACUGUGCCGACCGGCAAUUCCACUCGGUGGCGGCGGCCUGGCAGGCACGCAUGGAGAGCCCUGCCGACGUCAAGGAGCUGAUCCCGGAGUUCUUCUACUUCCCGGAGUUCAUAGAGAACAUGAACGGGUUUGACCUGGGCUGUCAGCAGCUCUCUCAGGACUCGGUGAACAACGUGCUGCUGCCGCGCUGGGCCACGUCCAGAGAGGACUUCAUCAGGAAGCACCGGAAGGCGCUGGAGAGUGAACAUGUGUCAAGUCACCUCCAUGAGUGGAUAGACCUGAUCUUUGGCUUCAAGCAGAGGGGAGAGGAAGCAGAAAAAGCCCUGAAUGUGUUCCUCCACUACACAUAUGAGGGGGCGGUGGAUGUGGAUGCUAUCCCCAACGAGACGGAGCGUAAGGCCCUGGAAGGAAUGAUCAACCACUUCGGCCAGACCCCGUGUCAGCUCCUGAAGGAGCCCCACCCUCAGCGCAUGACAGAGGAGAACGUGGCCAGACGCCAGGCGCGCAUGGACCCCUCGCCCCCCAACCUCUUCGAGCAGCUGGACAAACUGCGUUCUUUUGUGGAGGUGGUGAGUGACGGCACCCCUCUGGUCCAGGCGGUCGUCCCUAAGAACCAGACACGUUCUAUCAUCAUCCAGGGCUCGGACGUCCUGGUGACGGUGAGCGCCAACGCGCUGGUCGGGACCCACAGCUGGCUGCCCUACGAUAAGAACAUCAACAACUACUUCACCUUCACUAGGGACCCGACUGUCACCAACCCCAAGACCCAGCGGUUCCUGAGCGGGCCCUUCUCCCCCGGGCUGGACAUCAGCUCCCGGGUGCUGGUGGUGUCCAACGACGGGCGCCUGCUGUUCAGCGGUGGGCACUGGGACUGCAGCCUGCGCGUCACCCAGCUGGCCAGGGUCAAGCAGCUGGGCCGCAUCGUCCGCCACAUUGAUGUUGUUACGUGCCUGGCACUGGAUCUCUGUGGCAUCUACCUCAUCUCGGGCUCCAGGGACACCUCCUGCAUGGUGUGGCAAGUCCUCCAGCAGGCGGGCUUCUCAAGUGGGAUCUCUCCCCGGCCGGUGCAGGUGCUCUGUGGACACGACAAGGAGGUCACCUGCGUGGCCAUAAGCACCGAGCUGGACAUGGCCGCCUCAGGGUCAAAGGACGGCACGGUCAUAGUGCACAGUGUGCGUCGAGGCCAGUUCCUGCGGACCCUGCGACCCACUGGGGACAGCGCUGUGCCUGCCCACAUCUCUCAGCUCCUGGUGGGCACGGAAGGACACAUAGUGGUGCACACAGCCCUGGAGGGACGACAGACAGCAAAGGGGAGCUUCUCCCUGUUGGUGUACUCAGUGAACGGCCGCCUGCUGUCCAGGGUGGUCCUGGAGGAGGAGGUGACCGCCCUCCACCUAGUCUCAGACUAUGUCAUCCUGGGCACCUUGCAGGGAAACCUACAAAUACGACAUCUAUCCAGCCUGGAUGUGGUGGUGGCCCCUCUGGCCCUGAAGCUGCCUGUGAGAAGUGUGUCUGUGACCAAGGAGUGCAGCCACAUCCUGGUGGGCCUGGACGACGGCAAGCUCAUUGUGGUGGGUUCCGGCAAGCCAGAGCAGGUGCGUUCCGGGCAGUUCUCCCGGCGCCUCUGGGCCUCCACGCAAAGGAUCACCCAGGUGUCGGCGGGGGAGACGGAGUAUAACCCCAGUGAGCAUGCUGGGAUAUGAGACACCCUCCACCUAUAUGAGUGGGGCGGUUUGCGGGAGGUUGGUGGUUGUCGCUCUGUGGAUACUGUCUGCUGGUGGGAAGCCCAUCCAAGGGGCUGACAAGAAGAUCCCUGACAUUCUCCCCAGCCCUAAGCCCCCAGUUGCCUGCCUUUUAUUUAUUUUUAAGAAAGCAACGAAAAAACACUUGGCACUUUUUAUUCUAACUGAAGUGAGAACAAUGUUGAAGUCUCAUCUCCUCCCUUUGCUGAACCACAUACCAUUCCAAAGAGCUUAACGCGGUAGCAGAGGCUAAACUGAGCUGUUGACACAAAAGUUGAGUCACAUUGAGAGGGACCUCGCACUUAGACCAGCUCAGACUACAGACAGACAGACAGGACUCCGACUCUACAGACAGGCAGACAGGACUCCGACUCUACAGACAGGACUCAGACUCUACAGACGGACAGACAGGACUCCGACUCUACAGACGGACAGACAGGACUCCGACUCGACAGACAGACAGGACUCGGACUCUACAGACAGGAUUCGACUACAGACAGGACUCCGACUCUACAGACAGACAGACAGGACUCGGACUCUACAGACAGAUAGUACGCAGACUCAGACUCUCUACAGACAUUCCUCAGACUCUACAGACAAACAGACAGUACUAAGUCUCUCGACAGACAAACAGGACUCAGACUCUACAGACAGGACUCAGACUCUACAGACACAGACAGUACUCAGUCUCUCAACACAGACGGGACUCACUCUACAGACAGUACAGAGCUUUUAAUGAUAACUUUUUGAACUUCUCCCUCUCUCUCUGGUUUGAAGAACUGUUUGCCUUUUAUCUUCUUCUACUUCUUGGGAAGUAGAAUCAAAAUAAGUAGGAAAAAACAGACCUUGGAAAACAAUAUUGGCCAAAGGUUCCUCCCCGUCGCUCAUUACGGCCGAUUAUAAUUUUUUCUUUGUAUUGGGGGGGCCAUAGCAAUGUAAAGAAUAUACUGUAAAGCAAUAUCUUUUUUGUAGUUGGGUAUGUAAAAACCUUUUAAACAUUCAUGUGGAUCUCCUAUCGCCUUAACAUUUGAGCUCAAUCCUAAUGUUCACGUUUGAAUGCUACGUACUGAUGGAAGCCUUGUUACAUCGGGAAAUUAAGACCUUUGGCAUAUGUAAUUUGGAAACACACCAGAGCAGCAGCUCAGUUAGAAAUAAUAAGACAACAGUCCUUUCUGCUCGUCUCACUCCUCUGUGUCCAUGUGGCUCCAUAGAAGAUGUUGAACUGUUAGCUGUUAACAUGUCUCUUGAUUGCUUUUGCUUUGGUAUAAUCUCUGGUUGCCUGUAAGGCGUAUGUGCCUGUACAGUACUGAUAUUAUUCCUGUUACUUGUGAAGCACUGAAGUCAUUGUUUUGAGAGUUGAUGGCUGUGAAACACAUGGGCAGAAAGCCUUUGAGUGAACAACACAGGAAUGCACUUCCUGCCAACCCCUCCGCUGAGGUUGGAGACAGUCGGCUUUAUGCACUGUCUCUCUCACACACACACACGCGCACGCACGCACACACACACACAGUUGCCAGAAGACAUGGUGUGAACAGGAAAAGGCUAAGGCCCCGUCCACAUGGAGCCGAUUUUAGUAAAACCGCAGGUCAUGUGCGUUUGGGCCGACCGUCCAGGCGGAUCCGGUGCCCGAAAACACACUUUUCUGAAACCAGGUCCCAGGUUGGAUUCAAAUAAAAACGGUCCUAUGGGGUUUCAUAUUUGGAUUCGUGUGUACGCCUGAAACGCAAACGAUGACUUCAUCGGCCCCCACCAGCUGGGCGACGUUAGAGUAGCUUUGAACGAUCUUUUCCCCUCCGUUUUCAUUUUUGUCGCCCGAGUUCUGUCGCGCGACAAAUCAGGAACAGAACUGCAGGGAACGGUUGGCCGGUUGAACGCUGAUUGGCUGUUACGUAACAUAUGUCACUCAGUGUGUCACGUCAAAGUUUAAAUAUUUGAACUCCAGCGAAUUUGUCGAGCUACAAAUCCUGGUGAACGCGCUUGCCUGUGCAGGGCAAAAGUGUGGCGCGACAAAUCAAAAAUCUACAAAAAUAAUACAAAUAAAAAAAUUCAAUACAACUCUACGUCGUCUAGCUGGUUGGGUGGGGAGUUGGCAAUGACGUCAUCGUUUGCGUUUCAGGCGUCCACCAGCGAAUUUCGUUAACACGAAACCGCAUAGCUCCGGUUUUAUUUGAAACCACCCUUGGACAUGGUUUCACAAAAGUGCGGCUUCAUUUACCGGAUCCGCCGGCUCCGUCUCGACGGUCGGCCCAAACGCACAAGGCUUAUGCGGCUUCACCAAACAACCGGCUCCGUGUGGACGGGCCUUAGUGAGAAAGCAUUAGCCUACACUGUUUUACAUGUUGAAAGAUUGGUUUUCUAUACAUGCGUUCUAAGUCAUGAGCACAUUUCGUUUACAGAAGAUGAACUAAUUAAAAUCCUCUGGCCGCGGAGCGAUAGUAUUUUAUUGCGCAAGUAUGAGUGUGUUUUAUGGCAUUGCGCUUUUAUUGUGUAUCAUUGGUUGUUUUGGUUUGCAGCCGAGAUGAGUUUUACGGUUAUACUGAAAUUGUAUUUCAUUCAUGACCAAUGUGGUUUGCAAAAACAUUUUGCUAUCAUUGUUGACCUGAAUAUCUUUAUUUAAAGAAUUUCAAUGAUAUAUACAUUAACAAUUGUUACAAUAUGAAUUGAGCCAUAUACGUGUGGUCAACACUGCCUUGUCCUUGGACCUGUACCCUUAACCACAGUCUGGCAUUUGUAUUGUUUUUUAAGAAAUGUAAAAUACAUAUGCAUUUUAUGCAGUCCACCUGCUUGGUUCACUGUACUUGACCUUAACCCAGUGUGGGUUUCACCAGACAUGACCUUAACUGAGUGGUCGUUGGCCAGCUGUUUCUAAGUAACUAUUUGACAAAGUAGUCUGCCUGUUUGUGUGUAUGUGGUGCUGGUCGUCAGUAAUAGUGGCCUCUUCAAAAUAAGAAAAGUUCCUCCCCCCCCCCCCCCCCCCCCCCCCCAUCAUCUCGUUCUGUGAACCUCGUUGGGAGUGAGCUGACACGUAGAUGGGGCUUCCAGCCCGCGCCCUGAGCCCCAAUUCCUUCCCUGUGUGUUUGUGGAUAUGCAUUAAUCUCACUCAAAGUUGAGGAGGUCACCCCAGGCAACGGCCAUUGACUUUAAUAGGGGGGGGGCCCUUUGAAGUCCCGGCGGGCCCAUAUCCUGCCGGCCCCCUGUAAACACCUCCAGGGGCCAAGGGCCUUUGUGUCUAAGGCAGAAUAACCUGAAGGGAUGAGGAGUGAUGAUACCAGCCUGCAGACCCCACGUCAAUACAGGAGAACAAAGAGUAGAGGGGGGGUAUACAACAUACAGUGUGUACUGUGGGGACACAGCCUCUGAAGUCAGCCCUGUUGACAACAGUAGGAGGGGCCGACACCUUGUCCUGGGUUAUUGGUGUCUCCCCUGGUCUCCAGGGCAGACGGGGCGACUGAUACCAGUGUUGUUUGAGUUGUUCCUGUCAACAAACCACAACAACCUUCAAACAGUUCCCCAAAAUCCCCUACCCCUCCACACCCCUCUCAUGUGUACCCUUGUCUUCUUAAGGCCAGGAUUCCAAGGUGCCUUCUUGUUCUCUGCUUGUUUCUCUUGUCUUCUCUUGUUAAACGUUGCUGAUAGUUCUCAGUGAGUAGCGAGGUCUCCAGUAAUACUCUAUGCAGUCCAGCGGAGGAAACCCACCUUUUUAUUUGUGUUUCAGUUUGAUGUGUGCACUAGAUGUAUUGAUGAUUGAUACUAUGUUUGCAAUAAAAAAGUAUAAUUAUAUCAUAAUCGUAAUAUUUUGUCUUUGUCAACUAUGCCAAGUGGUUUGUUUUGCUGUAAUAUGAAAGGCUGUGUCUGCUUUCAGGUAGAAAGGAACGUUACAUACCAAGAUGUAUUUUAUGACUGAAUAUUCCCUCAUAUGUUGCAUAUGAACAUAUACUUUAUGACUGACUGAAUAGUUCUAAAACACCGUACCCUGUCUCUUCCAGUGGGGGCUUUGAAGUGAUGCUUCUAUUGUCCUCUGAGAUCUCUCCAUUUGUUUCCCUAUGAAGUAAGCAGACCCCCUGCAAGGCUUUCUUUGGAAUGCAACUGGUAUGGAAUUCACCCCGCUUCUCUAUGCCCCUAAAAGAGCGGAGACCAACACUGAACUGAACUCACCUUGUGACUUCUGUGACUGCUAAUAGAAAGAAAAAAAUGUAAUACCAUAUUGGAUAUAAUUGAAUAUACUGUACAAAUGUGUGCGAGUGUGUAUAUUUAUA